AUGUCCAAGCCAAUCCGCGUGGGCCUCAUCGGGCUCAGCUCAAACCCAAAUAUCCAGCUGGCUGGGGCGUGGGCCAAGAACGCCCACCUACCGUACUUGCUCAAGACUCCGGACUACACCAUCACGGCUCUGUGCAAUUCGUCGGUCGAAUCGGCCGCGAAAGCAAUUGCGCUGUACGGCCUGGAUGCCAGUAAGGUCCGCGCGUACGGCGACCCGGAUUCCCUCGCGCAAGACGACAACGUCGACAUGGUCGUCUGCUCGGUCAACGUCGCGCAGCACUACCGCCUCGUUAAGCCGGCCUUGCUCGCUGGGAAGAUGGCCUUCUGCGAGUGGCCGCUGGCCGGGACAUUGGAGCAGAUGGAAGAGCUGGCCGCACUGGCCGAGCAGAAGAACGUCAGGACCAUCGUGGGGCUACAGGGCCGCAAUGGCGUCUUCACCCACGCCAUGAAGAAGUUCAUUGGCAACGGGCCCAGCCAGUUGGGCGACGUUCUCAGCACGUCCAUGGUGGGAUACUCGUUCUUUUGGGGCAUGGCGGCUCCCCAGGACGUCGCUUACCUCAUAGAUAUCAAGAGUGGAGGGAAUAUGCUCACCAUUAGGGCCAUCCACAUCCUUGACACCUUGACCGCCACCUUGGGCGAGAUCGAGUCGCAGCACACCCUGCUCAAGAACAAACGGCCCACGGUCGCGCUGAUCGACAACACCUUCAACGUGAUCGACCCGGCGUAUCCGAACACGACACCGGACCACGUUUUCAUCCACGGCGUGCUGGCGGGUGACAUCCCGUUCGAUUUCCAGGUACGCGGCGGCGUGCAGUUCAAGGACACGCCGGCGUUCGACUGGCGCAUCUACUGCACGCGGGGCGAGAUCCGGAUGGUCGGCAACGAGAUGCUCUGGACCAGCGGCGACAUCACCGUGCAGGCGUACGACUUCGUGACCAAGCAGGUCGAGGAUGUGGACCUGGGCCAGCUGCUGCGGUGCGAGGAGGACUUGAAGGGCGACGUCGCCCUCCAACUGGGCCUCGAGGCGCCAGCGGAAAAUGUGGCCCGCCUAUACGACGCAUUUUCCCAGGGUCAGACGCACAAGUAUCUCGACUUCAAGCAGAGUCUCAAGUGGGCGAGGCUCAUUCAGGAGGCGUACACUGCCAACGGCUUCUGA